AUGAAGGAAAAUAGCAGCCUUGGGGUGAUUCGGCUGAGUGUGCAUACUACACCGGUGGAGUUGCGUGAGAAACUUGCUAUACCAGAAACUUGCUACACCGGUGGAUUAGUUUUGCAGCCAGCUACAAGUGCUCUGGAUACCGUCAGUGAACGCUUGGUUCAAGAUGCUCUCAACCAUUUGAUGAAGGGGAGGACAACAUUAGUCAUAGCUCACAGGUUAAGCACAGUUCAAAAUGCUUAUCAAAUUGCACUCUGUUCAGGUGGGAGGGUUGCGGAACUAGGCACUCAUUUUGAGCUGUUGGCUAAAAAGGGCCAGUAUGCUUCACUGGUUGGCACUCAAAGGCUUGCAUUUGAAUAA